UCUGCAGUCGCGCGGUGAACUGCGCAUGCGCGGAGAAACGCCGCUCGGUGUUGGAAUCGUUAACGGAGAUCCAGAAGCAGCAGCAGGAUCAGACAUCCAGACUCAGUUAUACCGGGGACAGAUAAGAGCAGGAGGGAAGGACAGCGAGCCUGUUUUGAGGUGUUGGAUUCAAGCUCUGAUAAACAGAAGAAGAGGAGAGAGGUAGUUAACGUUCUCCCACCUUGCUUCUCGUUGCAGUGGUGGAUGUUCUUGUGGAAACUGUGGCCCUGAUAGUGGUCUCCCAAGCUCAUGAUGGACCGGUCGAGAGACUAUCAUACUGUGCUGCUGGUGCUCUUUCUGGGUCAUGUGCUCACGGCACUGGAGGUCCCUCUCGACCCUAAAGUUCUGGAAGGAUUGCCGCAGCCUCCAACCAUAACCCACCAGUCUCCUAAAGAUUACAUUGUCGAUCCACGGGAAAACAUUGUCAUCCACUGUGAGGCUAAAGGAAAACCUCACCCAAGCUUCUCCUGGACGAAGAAUGGCAUACAUUUUGAUGUUGAUAAGGACUCUAAAGUGACUAUGAAGCCCCAUUCAGGGACUCUGGUGAUUGACAUCAGUGGAGGAGAGAGGGCAGAAGAUUAUGAGGGUGUCUACCAGUGCACUGCACGCAACGAGCAUGGGACAGCUGUCUCAAACAACAUUGUCAUCCGCCAAUCAAGAUCGCCUCUGUGGUCAAAGGAGAGAAUCAAACCAGUCAUCAUCCAGGAAGGCAGGUCUCUAGUGCUGCAGUGCAGACCUCCUGCAGGACUCCCUCCUCCUAUCGUCUUCUGGAUGGACAACAAUUUCCAGAGGCUUCCACAGAGCAACCGUGUCUCUCAGGGCCUGAACGGUGACCUCUACUUCUCCAACGUGAUGAUGGAAGAUUCCAGAAGUGACUACAUUUGUUACGCACGCUUCCCCCACACACAGACCAUUCAGCAAAAGCAGCCCAUCAGCGUUCGUGUCCUCAACAUGGAUGCAAUCAAUGAGACAAUGGCAGCUUAUUUGAAUGAGACUGAUUUGUUUGGUGAUGAUGCAGUAGAGGAGAUACGACCUUCAUUUCUGGUUCCGAGUGGUUCUACAAGCUCAAAGAUGGUCCUUAGAGGACAGGUUCUGGAGCUGGAGUGCAUUGCUGCAGGACUCCCUACUCCAGAGAUCUCUUGGAGCAAGGUGAGUGGUGACCUCCCCACUACAAGAACCGACUUCUUAAACUUUCAGAAAACACUCAGGAUCAUGGAGGUCUCUGAGGCAGAUGCUGGGGAUUACCGCUGCACUGCAAAGAACCACCUGGGCUCUGUCCACCACACUAUCCACGUAACUGUGAAAGCUGCUCCGUACUGGAUCAGUUCACCACGUAAUCUGGUCUUGGCUCCGAUGGAGAAUGGAGUGUUAACAUGCCGAGCAAGAGGAAACCCCAAACCCGCCAUCGCCUGGUUCAUGAAUGGAGUACCCAUUGAGAAUUCUCCUGCAGACCCAAGCAGAAAAGUAGAGGAUGAUACUGUUAUUUUCACUGAGGUUCAGACUGGCUCCAGCGCUGUGUACCAGUGUAAUGUCUCUAAUGAAUAUGGGUAUCUGCUUGCCAAUGCCUUCAUCAAUGUACUGGCCGAGCCUCCCAGAGUGCUCACUCCCAAUAAUAAAGUCUACCAGGUCAUCAUGAACAAGCCUGCUCUACUGGACUGUGCAUCCUUUGGCUCUCCUGUUCCCAGAGUAACAUGGUUUAAGGACAGUCGUUCCAGUGUUUUGGUGGGAGACCCUUAUAUAUUCCAUGAAAAUGGAACUCUCGAGAUCCCUGUGGCUCAGGCACUAAACAAUGGCAAAUACACCUGCAUUGCCAAAAACUCCCUCGGCAUCUCUGAGAAUCACGUAUACCUGGAGGUCAAAGAGCCCACAUGGAUCCUGAGGCAGCCUAAUUACAAAGUCGUCCAAAGGAACCAAGACGUGGUGUUUGAGUGUAAAGUGAAGCAUGACCCUUCUCUCAUUCCCACCAUGACCUGGCUCAAAGACAGUGGAGAGCUUCCUGAUGAUGAGAGAUUUGUCGUGGGCUCAGACAGCCUUACCAUUCUCGAAGUGACAGAGAAUGAUGAAGGGACAUACACCUGCGUCAUGAAUACCACUUUAGACCAUGACUCAGCCAGUGCCCAACUCACUGUUGUUGAGGCUACCCCAACACCAGCGGUUGUUUACGAACAACCAGAUCCUCCUACAGAUCUGGAGUUAACAGAUCCAGGUGCACGGAGCGUCCAGCUCACCUGGAUCCCUGGAGACGAGCACAACAGUCCUAUCAAGAAGUUCCUCAUUCAGUACGAAGAUGCUCUUCAUGACAGUGGCACCUGGCAUAACCUGACAGAGGUGCCUGGCACUAAGACCACAGCUCACCUCAAGCUGUCCCCGUAUGUGCACUACAGGUUCAGAGUGAUGGCUCUCAAUGAUGUUGGCUAUAGCCAGCCAAGCCAGCCUUCACACCUGUACAAAACAAACCCUGCAGCUCCUGAUGAGAAUCCCAGUGAAGUCAAAGCCAUGGGCGCAGAGCAUAAUAAUUUAGUCAUAUCAUGGAAGCCAUUGAUGGGUCUUCAGUCAAAUGGUCCUGGUUUGCAGUACAUAGUCAUGUGGAGACAGAAGGAUUUAGACAAAGAGUGGUCCUCUGUCACCGUGGCCAAUGUUUCUAAGUUUGUGGUAUCUGGGACACCCACCUUCGUGCCAUAUGAGGUGAAAGUUCAAGCAUUAAAUGACUAUGGCCAUGGACCAAAACCAGGAGUCAUCACCGGUUACUCAGGAGAGGACUUGCCAGUGGCAGCUCCAGAAAAUGUGCGUGUUCUGGUGCAGAACAGCACUCUGGCAGAAGUCCACUGGGAUCCAGUACCACCAACAUUAGUGCGUGGAAGACUGCAAGGCUACAGGGUGUAUUAUUGGAAAGAAAGAAGCCUGCACAAGCACAAUACCCAUGUGCACUCUCACCACAUGGAGCAGCAAACACUGACCUUCAGCGGAAACAGGAGCCACGGCAAGCUUCCCGCCCUGCAGCCCUACAGCGUCUACACACUCAACAUCAAAGUUUUUAAUGGGCGGGGAGAGGGGCCUCCCAGUGCCAACCAACAGUUUGAAACUCCUGAGGGAGUUCCUGGUAGACCAGCAUUCCUCAAGGUCGUUAACAGUAAUCUAGACUCCCUGACUCUGGAGUGGGGGCCGCCCCAUGAGCGAAAUGGACGUCUCACAGGAUACACCCUUAAAUAUCAGUCAGUCAAUAACACCAAUGAGCUUGGCCAGUUGGAGGAGCUAACUGUGCCGGCCAAUGAGACUAGCAUCACUCUGCAUGACCUCAAGUACAGCACACGCUACAAGUUUUAUUUCAGUGCCAAAACGCUCACAGGAUCAGGCCCAAGCAUUACUGAGGAGUUUGCAACAAUAAUGGAUGCAGGGAUUCCAGCUUCUCCCCAACCAGUCUCCCCAACCUCCCCGUCUCUUCGCCCCCCUCUUCACAAGGCUCGUCCUGCGCCUCCAGUGUUUGGGAACGUUAGCUCGUCUGUGGGCGAGGAUGGAGCGCUAAUCAGUUGGGAGUACUGGGGACCAGAAAAACACGUUUAUGUUGAAUAUAUUGUAGUGAACAGCGAUGAAGACUGGCAAAAAGAGAUGGUAAAUGGAUCGCAGUCCCAUGUGCUUAAGGGUUUAAAGGAAGGGCUGGCAUACAAAGUGCGUGUGGUGGCUCAAAGCCACACCGACCAAACAGUCCACCGUUCUGAGGAGCUGGUGGUUACGGUACCAGCUAUGGCCAGUAGGCAGGUGGACAUCGCUACGCAGGGCUGGUUUAUUGGCCUCAUGUGUGCCAUUGCCCUGCUUAUUCUGGUUCUCCUUAUUGCCUGCUUUAUCAGGAGGAACAAAGGGGGCAAAUACCCAGUGAAAGAGAAGGAGGACGCACACACUGACCCCGAGGUCCAGCCAAUGAAGGAUGAUGAUAUUAUUUUUGGAGAGUACAGUGACAAUGAGGACCAUAAACCGUUAAAAGGGAGCCGCACGCCGUCCAGUGGCACCGUAAAGCGAGACGAAAGUGACGACAGUUUAGUUGACUACGGGGAAGGUGGAGAUGUACAGUUCAACGAAGACGGCUCUUUUAUUGGCCAGUAUAGUGGAAAGACAGAAAGGGACACCGUGCAGGGUCAUGAGAGCUCAGAGGCCCCCUCACCUGUAAACGCCAUGAACUCUUUUGUUUAAGCACAGGGGAAAGUAGGACUUUUUUGAAUGCAGAUUUUCAGCAUGAUUACAGCUCCAGUUAGUUCCCUGUUUACAUAAAGUGAAGGAAAAAUUAGGGAGUAUAUUAAGUUUUAAAAGGAUUAAAUCAAGUUAUCUGGAGAGAUACAUGUCGAGCAGGGUGACUCGCACAGGAUCCACUUAACCUGGCAUGAUGAUUGGAAUACAGAUGUGGCAAUGUUACAACUUCAUCACUGUUGCAUUCAUUAUUAAGACUGAUUUCAGUUACACAAUUACUUUUUAGCUAACAUUAAGUGACCUUCUGGUUACUUCUAAAACUCAGUAUGUCAGUGCUGCAUGCAUAAUAUGCUACUAUUACUCAUAACAUAUGGUUGCAACUAAAGAGACCUACAGUAUAUGAAAGAAGUAGCUAAUUUAUGAGGAUUAUGUGGUGCUUCUUUGAAAUAAUGGGUAUGCCUUGAUUAUGUUUUGAGUAUUAUAUGAGAAUUGUACAGAUAAAAUGAACCAGUGGAGACACUGGAUUUAAGGCACUGCUAUAAGAUAUUUCAUCAAAUGUAUACUUAUAAUUCCAUGUCUUUGUUUCUCAAGACUGAAAGUGUGUGUAAAUAGCUGUAGAAAGAAAAAGGCUUUAUCCUGUAUAAUAGAUGGAAUGUGUGCAGAAACCUUAUCUGAAAGAUUCUAGAGUAGACCAGAUAUUUAAAAUAAAACAUUCAAUUAUAUUCCACAGGUGCCAUUGUCCCAACACUAUGCCACCUUUAAUUUUUUUUUGUUCUAUUUUUAUUUUGAUUUUGUCACUCCUGAGACAUUCAUGUUGCAUCUCAACCAUACGAGAUCCCGCUGUCACUGCCUUGACCUGCAUGCGAACCCUUGUGGUUCCCAUGGCAACUAAAACCAUAGCGACUCAAAGCUGCUUUUAAUAUGUAGUUUCCUCUGUUUGUAAAAUUGGAGCAGUUCCAUGCAUGUGACUUUUCAUAACACAAACUGUAUAUGGAUGUAAUAAUGGGUGCUGGGUGGCCUUUUACAGCAUAGUGCCUUUAUUCAGAAACGAGCCUCUGGGUCUAAUUUACAGGACUAAUGCAUGUUAAUGGGCAAGCAUUUGGGGGUAGAGAAGGAGCAAGAAGAUGUUUAUAUGAAUUGGAAAUGAUGUUUGUAAGGUAAUAGAACGAGGACAUGGUUCUCUCCAGUAUAAGCAACACGAUGAACACUGUAGGAUUUGCUCUUUGCCUCAUUCAAUUUCAUUACACUGGUUUGUUGUGUAGCACUCAGUGUUUGUGCUUGUGUUUUUGUGUGUGUGUGUGUGGGUGGGUGGGUCAGUGGGUGUGUGUGUGCAUGUGUGUUUGUAUUGUGUGUAAAAACAAUGCAUUCAUAUUACUUUGUAAAAUUUCACUUGUCCAUUGUUCAGCAUUAAGACCUUUUCCAGUUGGACGGAUUUUCACGAAUUUUGGUUUCAGAUAACUUGCAUCAAGUUUUAGUUCCAAAUUUAUGUUUGUAUGUAGAUAUAUUGUUGAAUUUGUAUAUAAUAUGACGUUUGGCUUAAUGGAAAUCAAGUAGAAAUCAAGUCAGUAAAGCACUACUGAAAUCUGGGGCAUGAAGGCUUGUCGAUUGUGUUGUGUAUUCAGCAUUAUCUUCCUCUUUUGCUGUGAUCACUGUACAUUUUAACACAAAGUGGGGUUUGUCUUCUUACUUAUUCAGAAGUAAAAGCUUUCAAUCCAGCAAACUGAAUCGCACUGCACAUUCCAAGCACAACUGUAAUUUAUGCAAGUGGUGAUUUAUCAUAUUACUGAAGUGGGUAUUUUUCAUUAUGUAGUAGUCAAUAUUCAUCACGAUCAUCUGCAUCUCUGAUUUCUCUGCAUACUAGAAGUGUACAUUUUUUUUUAUUCUAAAAAUCACAGAUGUGUUAGUUUCAGAACUUUACUAACAAUCUGACAUUUCUUUUAUUUAAGUCUCCCCACUUGAGAGUUCAUGAAUGAAAUUUCAACAACUCUAAAUGUAAUGAAUGAAUAAAUAUUACUAUAUUA